AUGCAUUCAUUAAAAUAUAAAGAGUUGCAACGAGAUUGUUUGCUUCGUGAAUAUGAAUCUCGUCAAAAACAAGCAAGACAACUAGAAAAAAGCCUUUCAUCUUUAACAUGUUGUCUUGAAAAAGAUUUGUCAUCAAUAGAUUAUAUAAAUUUAAAAAAAUUCUAUUAUGAUGUUGCAUGUCGAGUACAUUCAAAUGUGAUGCCAAUACAUCAGAAAAAGCUCGAAAAAUUGAACGGAGGUCCUAUUGGGCAAAAUUAUGAUGAAAUGAAAUCAAAGACAGUACAUAACAUAUCAUCAUACACUCUUUCGUCUACAGAAGAACGACUAUUAUGUCGAGGUUGGGACUUUUGUAUAGAAAACAAGGUACUUGAUUUUCUUGAAUUUGAAACGGAUGUUGAACUAAAUUCAAUGAAAAUUGAAUCAUCAUGUCAUAGCUCGGUGUUUAGAUCACUAUGUCGACAUAUGCAUAAUGCAUCACAACAACUAAUGCGGUCAUGUAAAAGGAAAAAAUUCAGUAAUCUAUCUGAUGAUGAAUUGAAAUCAUUGAAAUCAUUAAAAUCUAAUAAAAACAUUGUCAUUGCAAAAGCUGAUAAAGGUAACUCUAUUGUAAUAUUAGACAAAGAAUCCUACAUAAAAAAGGCUGAACAGAUUUUGAAAGGCAAUCAAUUUCAAGAGAUAAAUAAUAAAAAUUAUCAUCAAGAACGUGAAAAUGAACUUAAUAAAUAUAUAUAUGCAUUGUUAAAAGAGGGAAUAAUAGAUCAGAAACUUCGAUUUCGACUUCAAUCAACAUGUUCCUCAUUGUCAGUCUUUUAUGGACUUCCAAAAAUACAUAAAACAGAAUAUCCUAUACGGCCAAUCAUAUCUACGAUAGGAAGUUUUCAAUAUGAAUUAUCAAAAUAUCUAGCAAAAGCUAUCAAAGAUUCUAGUCCACAAGCUGACUCAUAUAUAAAAGAUGCAUUUGAAUUUGUUAAAAAAAUAAAAAGUACAAUAUUAGAUAAAGAAAAAUCUUACAUGAUGUGUAGUUUUGAUGUAGAAAGUCUUUACACUAAUGUGCCUGUAGAAGAAGCCAUCAAUGUUACAUUAGAUUUCAUGUUCAAACCAACAAAAAACAUAAGCAUUCCAUUUAAUAGGGAACAAAUGAAAAAACUUCUUGAAUUAUCAGUGUGUGAUGCACCUUUCCGAUUUCAGAAUAAGAUCUAUAAACAAAUCGAUGGAGUAGCUAUGGGUAGCCCUUUAGCACCAAUUCUAGCAAAUCUAUGGCUACAAAGAAUUGAACAAAAACUAAAUAGAUUUAGCAAAAACAGGCCUAUAAUAUGGUUGAGAUAUGUAGACGAUAUUUUUUGUUUGUUCGAUAUACCUAAAGCUAAGAUAUUGGAAUUUCAUUCAAGAAUAAAUAAAUGGCACAAAAACUUGAAAUUUACCAUAGAAAUGGAAUCUAAUAAAACACUUCCCUUUCUUGAUGUAUUAGUCACACGUGAUCAUGAUCAUAACCAACUGACUACCUCACUCUACCGGAAACCAACACAUACAGGACUUUAUCUACUUUAG